CUUUCUACCAUAAGAAGCGUCAUCCCGCAUAUACUCUGGAUCCUCAUUAUUAACCCAAACCCCGAACCUUCACCUCUUUUCUCCUUGCAAUCCAUAUCUACUUGCUCCACGAUCACAUCUCUCAAUUGUUUAUAAACUCGUUUAGAUUCUCAAACCCUCUCCCGUUCGCCUCUCCCUGCCUUUUCCCUCUAUUCCUACCGCACCCUGGGGCAUUUAUAAUCCCCAAACGCUAAAGCCACCGAAAAUUCAGCCUCACUUGGGACUUUUUCCUUUCAAACUAUACCGGGCACUGUACCUCCCGUUGCUCGUUGCUCUAUUUGCGCUUCUCUUCUGCGCCAAAUCCCCGGGCACCUCCACAACCACAACCACAACCGGUCUCACGAUGCCCAAGAAAUCCUCAUCCGCAUUCACGCCGACGUCCACGGCGAUUGAACCCACCGAUGACACUCCACUGACAUUUACCGACGGGCUACCGCUCCCGAAGAUGCUCGUAUUCGACCUCGACUAUACGCUGUGGCCCUUCUGGGUAGACACGCACGUCACGCCGCCGCUGAAGGCCAAGGACGGCAACUCCAAAACUGUCGAUCGCUGGGGCGAGUCGUAUACCUUUUACAAGGAAGUGCCGCAGAUACUACAGGAUACGCGUGCAAAAGGGAUUCUAGUCGGUGUAGCGAGUCGCACAGGCGCGCCGGAUCUGGCGCGGGAUAUGCUCAAAAUGAUUCACUUCCAGCCUGCGGGGAGGCGCGCUUUGGACUUUUUUGACUAUUUGCAGAUUUAUCCUGGCUCGAAAACGACACAUUUUGCUAAACUCAAAAAAGAUACCGGACUAGACUACGAAGAUAUGCUCUUUUUCGACGACGAGCCGCGCAAUCUAAACGUCGAAGAUCUCGGCGUCGUCAUGUAUCUUGUCGAAGACGGCGUCACGAGGAACGCAAUUGACAAUGGAGUGCGCGAUUGGAGACGCCGCAAUGGUCGCACGGAGAGGGAGACGUAGAUUGCAUAGAUUACUUUUCGAGAGUCGAUAUAGAUUUGUCGAUUUGUAGAUGUGCACGAUGGCAUGGCUGCAUGAUGUCAUAUCACGAAGAAGAUAGACUAUUUUGUCGCACGGCAAGUAUGCAUGACACGACAUUUAGAAUUAGGCGCUGGUCGCGUUGUUCAUGUUCAUAUCC